AUGCGAUUCGAUUCUCAAUUUGGACAUGGCAUUGCGCAAUGCGAGCAGAAAAUCCAGUAUACUUUUACCAACAAGCUGCUCUCUGCCGUUUCACUGAACAACGCCGGACCGAAUGCCUCGGUCUAUAUCGACAAUGGCGAGUACAAGACGCUUUCCAAGAACGACCGCCUCGCCGUGUAUGGCAAUAGUAUUGCGACCGCUAUGCUCUGCCAAGACUGGUACCAUAAAAACUCCAGCAAAGCUAUAUGGACGUCCAUUCGUAACGAAGCGUUAAGCAACAACUUUCUCGCUGAGACAGGCUUUUCCUACGGGCUCGACCUUUGCGUCCACAAGGAUCCCGCAACGGUCUUUGUUUCGAGCAAGAUGAUGGCCACAGCAGUAGAGGCUAUCUUAGGGGCGGUGCAUCUAGACGGAGGCGACGCCGCCUUACGCCGUGUGCUAGCACACCUCCAUAUCGUCAGCCAAUACGAACACUCGGUAAUGUUUUAA